CCUCCAAUUUCUCCUAUAAAUAAACCUUAGCAUUUGCAAUUUCUAAGCAUCUUCCUACACUCUCCACACUCACAUUACUCAUUCUCCUUUAAGCCACUUAUCUCCUCUCCUUUCCUCAGCUUCUAAUCAAAAUGAAAAUGGUUAAUCUUGGAAUGUUCUUGGUGGGCUUUGUUGCAUUAAUGGCCUCCUCUGUUCAAGGAUAUGGAGGUUGGUCUGGUGCUCAUGCCACCUUCUAUGGUGGGGGUGAUGCCUCAGGCACAAUGGGUGGGGCUUGUGGAUAUGGGAAUCUGUACAGCCAAGGUUAUGGAACAAACACUGCAGCUUUGAGUACUGCUCUGUUCAACAAUGGGUUAAGCUGUGGGUCUUGCUAUGAGAUUAAGUGUGUUAAUGACAAUCAAUGGUGUCUGCCUGGCUCCAUCAUGGUCACUGCAACUAACUUCUGUCCACCCAACAGUGAUGGAGGCUGGUGUAAUCCUCCCAACCAGCACUUUGACCUCUCCCAGCCUAUUUUCCAACACAUUGCUCAAUACAAAGCUGGCAUAGUCCCUGUUUCCUACAGGAGGGUACCAUGCCAGAGGAGGGGAGGCAUAAGGUUUCAAAUAAAUGGUCAUUCUUACUUCAACUUGGUUUUAGUCACAAAUGUUGGUGGUGCUGGAGAUGUUCAUGCUGUUUCAAUCAAAGGAUCAAGGACUGGUUGGCAACCAAUGUCAAGAAACUGGGGACAGAACUGGCAGAGCAACAACUAUCUCAAUGGUCAAUCUCUGUCUUUCAAGGUCACCACAAGUGAUGGAAGAACUGUUAUUUCUAACAAUGUUGCUCCAGCUAGCUGGUCCUUUGGCCAGACAUUCAGUGGAGCUCAAUUCCACUAGCAACCAUCUAUUACUCGGUUCAAUGCAGGCUGCAACUUGGAAAAAUCCUAUGUUUUUUUACUUAUAUUGUCACUAGUAUUAGUAUUGUGACUAUAUAUUGUAUUAGUUUUAGGCAUUAUAGCUCAUGGGGAGGGCUUUUGGGUCCUUUAAUAUUUUAUUAGGUUGGUUUUUAGGGUGCCCUGUAAUAUGAGAAACAGGGUAGGCCUUGACAUUUGUGUCAUGUUUUCCAAUUUGCCCCUUCUGUCUAAAGGCAGAAAGUUGGCAGUGGUGGACUUUUACCACCCGCCUGCAGUAAGUUUUAUUUUUACUACCCUUUGCUUCUUUGUAUUGUAUUACAUUUUGGCUUGUAAGUUGAUUAAUCAUCUGAUGGUUGGGUGAGGUUUGAAAUGUAAAUCUCAUCUGUUGGUUAUGUAAAGAAAGUUAUUAUGAUUCUCUAUGAUAAAGACUGUUCCUUA